CGCCUCCACGUUACCUGCAGUCCUGCCCCCGCUUUGGUGUCCGCAGACUCCUGCGCAUACCUCCUUGCUCCUCCCCGCGCUGAUUAAAUGCCCGCUGGACUCUUCAGUCAGCUGCUGUUAAACGCAGUCAUGACAGAGGAGCUGUAAGCUCGGAGCUCCUGAUGUUUUAACUUAUUUUAAUAUUGUUCAAAAAAUCAUUUUAAAAGUUUUUCGGGCACUUCGAUCACCCAACAAGAAGAUUCAGCUAUGAAAACCAUACUUGCUGCAUACUCGGGAGUCCUCAAAGGCACUGGCUCCAGCAUCCUCUCCGCUCUGCAGGACCUCCCCUUAGGGUUAUGGCCCUGCAGAUCCAAGAUGGAGAAGCAUCUGCAGGUGAUCUCUGUCAUGCAGUGGGUCAUCUCCUUCUUAGCCUUGGGUGUUGCCUGCACUGCAUUACUGAUCUACAUCUUCUGCACUGACUGCUGGCUGAUAGCUGCCAUUUAUAUAGCCUGGCUUAUUUUUGACUGGAACACCCCAAAACAAGGUGGCAGGAGGUCCUCCUGGGUGAGGAACUGGACAGUGUGGACGUAUUUCCGAGACUACUUUCCAAUCAGGCUAAUUAAAACUCACGACCUGCUGCCCAGCCGGAACUACAUAUUUGGCUACCAUCCCCACGGCAUCUUUUGUUUUGGUGGUUUCUGCAACUUUGGGACGGAGGCCACAGGCUUCUCUAAGAAAUUCCCCGGCAUCAAGCCUUCCCUUGCAACCCUAGCAGGAAACUUUCGUUUUCCCAUCCUGCGAGACUAUCUGAUGUCUGGAGGUAUCUGCCCCGUGAACAGGAACUCCAUCGACUACCUGUUGUCACAGAAUGGGACGGGAAAUGCUGUGAUCAUCGUUGUCGGAGGGGCAGCCGAGUCGCUGCACUGCACUCCCGGCUUGAAUUCUGUCACCCUGAAGAAUCGUAAAGGCUUCGUUAGGCUGGCACUGCGGAAAGGGGCUGAUCUGGUUCCAGUCUAUUCCUUCGGCGAGAACGACGCCUACAAGCAGGUGAUCUUCGACGAGGGGACCGUCUGGAAGUCUCUGCAAAAGAAGUUACAGAAGAUCUUGGGCUUUGCCCCGUGCCUUUUCUUUGGAAGCUCCUGGGGCAUCGUGCCUUUUUCCAACCCUAUCACUACCAUAGUUGGGGAGCCAAUCACUGUGCCAAAAAUUGAGGAUGCGUCAGAGGAAACGGUGAAUCUCUACCAUGCAAUGUACAUAAAGUCCCUCCAGUGCCUUUUUGACAAGUACAAGACCCGCUUUGGUCUGAAAGAGAGUGACGUCCUGCACAUCCACUAGGAAGAUGACUGGUUGCUGCUAAUGGCCCGAACUGUGCAUCUUCAAACUCCUCGCCUCGUCUUCGUUUCACCACCUUCGUCAUCACACCUGCGUGCCUAGAUAUCUUUGGACUGCAGAUGACACAUUUUGCAUGUUUACUGAAGAAACCUUUGCUCAUGGCACCAUCUCACACACGCAUAGUGCUUUCUCAGGCAAUGGCAGGUUUAAUGAAUGGUGGCCUUUACCAGCUGCUCUUGUCUGGUUGUCCACAGUGCCUCAUCAGAAAGUGUGCCUCCCCCCCAGUUUUCUUUUAAAACUUGGGCGUCACGUUUUAACUGCUUCUUUGGCGCAGAGGUCGCUAAGCUCCACUAGAUGGAGCCAGAAGGACUUCUUCCUAAGCUCUUUUACAACUCUAUUACACGCUGAACGCACAAACAAUGCAAAUGAAAGGUACCAAUUUAUCACUGGGUAGUGCCCAAAGAUUAAUCGAGCCAAAGACAUAUGAUGUCCACAGACAUGUGAUGAUUCCUGCUGUACAAAGGCCGAAAGUGAAGGAGUUCUACGAGAUAUCUAUCUAUCUGAGAGAUAUAUAAAUAUAUAUAUAUAUAUAUAUAUAGUAAAUGCACAAACACAUAAGACUGUAUAAAAGCCUUAAAGUAUUAAUUGAAUUCUGUAGCAAGGAAAUGCCUAUUUUAGUGCAUUUGUCUCAACAAAUAUUUGUGGUGCACUUGUGAUGUUUUACAUUAACCUCUGAGGUUUUAGUCUCAAAGAUUUUUUUUUUUUUCUCUCCAAGACAGUCACUGCUCUGCUUGGCUUAUUUCUUUUUCUUUUUUUAAUGUUCAUACUGGUGACAGGGUGUCUAUCUGGGUGGAUACAUUUAAUGUAUGCAGUGUAAACUACGUGAUUUCUUGUAACUUAAGUGUCUUGGAAGGUUUUGAGCUGUAGUUGAAAAGGAUAAAAUGGUUUUGUGGGUGAAAAUACGGAUGUUUGAUGAUUCCAGUUUACAGUGAGUUUUAUAAAAAAAUCUUUCAGGGGAAUCAUUUAAAAUAAGCAAGCGUGUGUCAUGUCGAUGGGAAUAAAGCGUAACAGAAUUGGCUGGAAUUUACAGAUGCAGUUUUCACUGGUUUCAGCAUUGUGACGACUACUAUGGAGCAGUGUAAUACCUGUGCAAUGGAUUUGCAAGCAAUAAGCAGCGAGACUUGUCCGUGUGAUGAGUAGCAUAAUCUUUCUGCUGAUGUUUAAAUUAAACUUUUGUAUGUUUUCAGAAAAAAAA